GCACACAGCUAGCACAGCUAACUACAGGAAUAAAUCUGUAUUUUUAUUAUUAUAUUAUAUUAUUAUAUAAGCGGUAUUUCUGCACCACUAUCCCUCAGCACGGGGCUGUUCCCGUGUAGCGAAAUGAAAACCUAAGCGUAUAAGCAGCUGAAGUUAUUAAAGGGACUGGUGUUGGUUGGUUAACAUUAGCUGGGUUAGCUCUGUUAGCUGUGAGAGUCUCAGUCUGGAGUCUGCACUCUGUGAGUGAUGAAUUAAACACGAUUUAAUUCAGAACAUUUUAAAUUGAAUUGUAUUAAAUCCAGCGCUCAGGUGGAAAUGCAGGCGCAGCGGUUCGCUCCUGUGGCCGAAAGCAGCCAUUCUGAAGGACGCGGUGGAGCAGAGUCUGCAGCUUUGGUGGAUAAUAAUACUAAAACACACUUCCGAGUCUGUCGCUUCAUCAUCGAGACAGGAGUGAAGUUGGGCAUGAGGUCAGUUCCUGUGGCCACAGCAUGUUCUCUGUACCACAAGUUCUUCCAGUCAGCCACUCUAGACGUCUAUGAGCCCUACUUAGUUGCCAUGUCCUGCAUAUACCUUGCAGGCAAAGUGGAAGAACAGCACCUCAGGACAAGGGACAUUAUUAAUGUGUGUCACAGGUAUUUCCACCCUGGAAGUGAUCCGAUGGAACUGAAUGGCAAGUUCUGGGAACUGAGAGACAGUGUGGUGCAGUGUGAGCUCCUUAUUCUCAGACAGCUCAACUUUCAAGUGUCCUUUGAGCAUCCCCAUAAGUACUUGCUGCACUAUCUGCUGUCAGUGAGGAAUCUGCUGAAUCGACACGCCUGGUCUCGGACACCCAUUGCAGAGACAGCCUGGGCCCUGCUUAAAGACAGCUACCACGGGCCGGUGUGUGUGCGCCAUCGUCCCCAGCAUCUCGCCCUCACUGCACUCUAUCUCGCUCUGCACACGUACGGGGUGCAGGUCCCCAGAGGGGAAAGAGAAUGGUGGCAGGUUCUGUGUGAGGACAUCACCAGGGCUCAGAUUGAAAGCAUAAUGACUGAACUGCUGCAUCUCUAUGACUUGGAGGCCAAAUGCACGUGAAGAAGAAUAAACAACACAACAGGCCAUAAAAAGCAAAUGGCAACCAAAUUUCAGUGUUUCUUCCUCGGAGAAACCCCUCUGAGACCGUUAAAGACCUUACAGACCAUGGGACUAAUACCCAAAAUGGCUCUUCCUGAUUAACUGAUGAUUAGGACUUCUGCAGCUGGAUUUCAGCGUGGCUAAUUAAGUUGUUAAAGUGGCUGUGCCAGUGUCUGUAGUGGACAGUGCUGUCAGGAAGAUGUGAGGUAGGGCAGUGAAGGCUGGAGUGUGAGUCACCAGGUGACAGUCUGAAAAAGAGGCUUUAGCCACAGCACAUCAAUCAGCUCCCAUGUGCAUGCCCUACUUUCUUCUUCUUCUUCUUCUUCCUCUUCUCCUACCUUGUUCUAUUUUCCCCAGGAUAGAAAAGAGAUAGAGGAAAAGAGAAAUGAGAAAGUGUAGAAGGGAGAGAGAGAAAGAGAAUGAAAGGAGAGAUGUAACCGUGCCAACCGAUCCCUAGAGCUGGACUACGACUCGAGGUAAAGCAGCCAAAUCUGGGGCAGUGCUUUGAUAUUUUAUAAUUUAAUUACUCUCUUCCUCUCCCAUUAGAAUGUAUCCCUGUGGUUCCCUGAAGUUAUGUUACAGUAAAUUAUGAUUGUGUCAGACAAGAUUGAGUUACAUCAGACUCCAAAUUGGCUCAUUCAUCUAAGUUCUGUUUCCUCUAACUCUGCUUGUGACCAGUUCAAAGCAACAUAUGUUCCGAGCUAAAAAUAUGUUCAUGUACUGUAUUUUUUUCCCCCAUAAGUACCCUUUUUCCUUUGAUUACCAUUAAAGUUUUUUUAAGCUUA